AUGGAAGUACCUAUUCCGGCAAGAAGGAAACCGCUGUCGUAUGAUGCCUUGAAAUCGGUGAUCAAGUCAAUGAGCGUCGAAAAAAGACAAGAGCUCCAUACUGACUUCCCAAGCCUCCGUGCUGUCAAUUCCGUUCUUCCAUAUACCAUCAAAGAAGUGAGAAUCAUGCCGAAUUCAUUAAGAAUUAACAGAAAACUCUGGGUUAUUAACAAAAACCGAGAACGAUCGAAUUCAGAUGAUGAGGAUUCAAAUGAAACGACUAUCUCGAUCGUUGAUCUUGAUACUAACAAACGUACUCCAUAUUUCACUGUGAACAAAUUUCUUGAUGAGGCAUUUGAAAAAUGUUUUAAUGCCUACCUCAAAAAUGGUUCCACUAUCCAAGAAUUUGAUUUAUAUAAUUUUCCCAAUUUCUUGUGUGAAAGAGAUGGAUCAGUCGGUUUGAAAUUGAACAUCUCGAAACUUAGAAUGGAGGGUGAAAUUGUCGACAAGUUUGAUUCCUUUAUUCGAUUUGUGAAUUUGGACAAUUUGGAACAUAUUCAUCUUAUACUCGACGAUAGAUUAAAUGAACACGGAGAGUGGUUUGGAAUGUUGGAAAAGCCAUUGAUUACCAACUGCAAGAAUCUCGACUUGUCAGUACACUCUCCUGUAUCACUCAUCAACUACUACACCGGUCUCAGAAACCAGACUCUGGUAUUAUAUUAUCAUAAUAUCCGUAAUUUUCCCGCCAAUGAUCUUCAUAUAUUGAUUGAGAACUGGAAAACCACCAAUCGACCAAUCGGCACAAGUUUUUAUUUAUAUUCAUUGUAUAAUGAUACAAUCAACAUUUUCAAUUCUUUGGAAUUUGAAGACACUUUUCCAGUCGAAGUUCGAGGUGACACAACCGAUAAGCCAGGAAUCGGAAUUCAUCUGGACGACUAUCGGGAUCUGAUCUUGUGUCAUGGUAGACAUCUGAUUGGAAGUUGUAGCUUCCCAUCACUGAAGAUGGAAGUGAUUGCGAGUGGAUUGCAGAGGAAGAAUGGGGAUUCCGAGCCGGAUGUUUCUGCCUAA